CAAAACCCCCUAAUUUGGGUUCUGAAUCCAAAUGACACCAUGUGGAAUCCUCGAUAUUGCCAGAUCGACCCGGUCACCAGCUUUGCGGGGGCUGCUCUGUUAUGCAGCAUCGCGACAGAGCGUCUGUCCACCAGGCAAUCCGGGCUUUGCUCCGAGAUUCUGGCCUGGAUGAUGCUGCCGAUUGUCUUUAAGCUUGCCAGGCAGCCAGAUGCUAACAAAUUCUCAAAGACAGCGCCUUUUAGCAAUUUUCAAACUCGGUCUGCAUCUGCGCUAUCAUUAUGGAUGGUUGCGGUGAGCAUUGCUACGUUUUGUGUCUGGAAAGCAGAAAUCGGCAUGCUUGGGUUCUUCCCAGCAUCAACUCCUUUACUUUUGGUGGCUCAGAAGUAUCUCGGAUCUGAUUUGCGAACAUCUCGAUCUGACUCACGCUUCUCUUUGUGUGUGAACACCGUCUGGGGCACAGCCUUGGCAGCUUCGCUUUUCACUGUCAUCUUAUCGGACUGGGAUCUUCCAGGAUGUCUCCUAUCAGCUGUUCCAGUUGCUGCUCUGCUGGUUGCCUAUGUCAUUCUCACGCCCAGGACCGAUAGAAGCAUUCUGUUUUUUCCACCGUUUGAUAUUGGGGACGCCGUUCUUCCACUUUCAUUGUGCGUUGUGGGUGUAUUCCUCAUUGUUUUGUGCGUGGAAACCGUGAAUUUUGGCUUCCCCCAAGGCAAAGCCCUACCAACAUUAACACUGGGCUUGGUUAAAGCGUUGACUUGGUAUUACACAAUUCAAACAGCUCGACAAUCCUCCUGGCGUACUGCCACUGCGUUAGGAACAUUCAGCAUUAUAUCCACUCGCAAUCCUUUCUCGCUGUCAUCAGGUGUUCAGGCUUUAUCACAUGCUCUAGCAUCUUUCCUUGCUCUGGGCCAGGUUAUCCAUCUGCUUCCAUGGCAUGCGAACGCCAAAUCAGCUCUUUGGGCUUUUUCUCUCGUCUCGCUGGUUCCAUAUCUUGCAAAUACCCUUGCCAUUCAAAACUUUCAAUCUUCGCUAGUUCAUUCUGGAAAGCAUCCUACCCAGGUCUUGAAUUACAAUGCCAAAUCAGACUUCCAAGACCUGAUUCAAAAACAAUCACAGACAUACACAGCUGCUCAUGAUGAAUACCAACGUCGAUACGGCAUAGAACCGCCACCUGGCUUCGACGCCUGGUAUGAAUUUGCGAAAGCGCAUCAGUCACCUAUUAUUGAUGAAUUUGACAUGAUCUACGAUGCGGUCUCUCCGUUCUGGAAAUUGAGUGGAAAGGAGGUUGUGGACACCAUGAAUCGUGCACAUUUUGCACCAAGCAGCGAUCUAUGGCGUUGUGAAUUCUCUGGUGACCAGGCCAAAACUCAUUGCAGUCAUUCUUUUCGCACGUUCGACAGGCAUUUUUCGUUGUCAUUCGAUAACUUAUUGAGGGAUCUGCCCGGCGUUCUUCCAGACGUCAAAUUUCUUAUCAAUCACCUGGAUGAACCGACAGUCUUGAUUCCUUCACAACCGCUGGGAGGGGCUUCCCACAGUAACGGGCAAUUCGUUAUAAGCGACAUGUCGAAAAAGCCCGCCUGGGAUGCACUCACGAGAUUUUGCUCGUCCCAGAAAAGCAAAAAGGGUGCUCGCAAAAUACACACGGUGGAAACGUAUGAUCUCCCUUUUGUCACGGACCCCUUAUCUGCCAUGAGCCUAUGCCAGCAUCCCGAGUAUAAGUCUAUGCAUGGCCUGCUCAUGAGCCCUACAUCUCUUCGCCUGAUUGAAGGCGCAGUGCCGGUACUUUCAACAGGCUCACCGUCAACCAUGGGCGACAUAUUGUUUCCCAGUCCAGCUUACAACGAGUCCGAGUUUCACUAUGAAGAGGCACACGACAUCGAAUGGGAUAAGAAGCGCAGCAAUCUUUACUGGGCGGGCUCUACCACUGGUGGCUUUUCCUUGGAUAGCCAAUGGCGCCACUAUCACCGACAAAGAUUCGUCGAGUUGGCACAAAAUUUAAACACACGCCAGCAUUAUUAUCUACAAGAAGACGGCGGUAUAAUCAGCCGUGUGAAAUCAUCAUUUCUCAACAGCAGACUAUUCGACGUCGCCUUUACCAGAAUCUUCCAAUGCGAGAGCAAAUCCUGCCGCGAUCAACGCAUGCACUUUAACACCAAGUCUUGGGCCAACAAAGACCGCCCAUUCCAAUCCCGACUCGUAUUCGACAUUGACGGAAACGGCAUCAGCGGCCGCUACUAUAAACUACUUGCCUCGAAAUCAGCCCCCUUGAAACAGACCCUUUUGCGGGAGUGGCAUGACGACCGUCUCAUGCCAUGGGUUCAUUACAUACCAGUCAGCCAAAGCAUGGAAGAGCUUCCCGAGAUGGUUACCUACCUCACUUCAACUGAAGCAGGGCAGAAACUGGCUAGAGAAAUUGCGGAUCAGGGCCGGGAUUGGUUUUCAAAAGCCUUUCGGGAUGUCGAUCUGACUAUCUAUACUUAUCGGCUUUUGUUGGAGCUGGCGAGACUACAAGAUCCGGACAGGCCUGCUGGUUGAAUUGGGUGAUUGUUUCGUUUCAGUAUACUUAUCAACCGAUCCUAUCUUAUCAGUAAAGCAACUGGGAUUGCCAUCUGUCGCUUGAACAUGGACAUGAAGAACCCGAGCUCUGGAAUGCCAUGGCUUAGGCCAUCUUGACCAGUCUAUCUGCUAAUAUCAGUGUUUACACUGAUAACUUAGCAACAGAUAUCGCUGCUACAGGCCAUCUCAGAAGACCUACACACUAGCACCUCAAUUGUACUACAGGCACACAGAAAUCUGUCCCUUUAUUGGGCAUGGAAUGAUGUACAUAAGCCCCUUGAAAAUAACCUUCUGCAUUAAAAAAACAAAAUAAUUAAACAAGUUGAGGGCCAUUUGAGAGAUUUGCGUUUUGGUAUGGUAACAGUUGUUUCUUCCGCAGUCAUCAUAAUAUAUAGCGUUCGUAGAAUGAG